AAUAUACACCACACACCCGUUCGUCCGAGACAAUUUGAGGCCAUAAUAAUAAAAGUGAAACAAAUGCAGAUCGACGGCGACGACAAUCACGGGGGAUCUGAUCUGCUUUAAGCCGCCACUCGACUUGCCUUGCCUUGGCUGCUGUUGUGCCAUAUUCGUGCCCCAUUGUCUCGACGCGACAGGAAAAAACUGUGGCAACUGCAACUGCGACUACGACUGCUGCUGCAAGCUGCAACUUACUGGCGUUGCGGCAACUGUAACUGCCACUGCAAACGUGAAGCACCCGCCCGCUAUUUUGGUGGCAUAUUAGGCAACCACAUACGUUACGAUACGGGAGUGUAUGUGCCGCCUGCCAGCCAGCCUGCCUGUACUUAGCCGCUUUAUAGGCCAGGCCAAACUCAUGCAAAUUUGAGGCAAUCUUUCGCUGCGCGAUACUCCAGUUCCCCCCCAACUACAACACCAACUUCAGGCAACAGGCAAAACAAAAUAAUAAAAGCAGAAAACAAAAACAACAACAAACAAACACAAACGAGUGCUGCAAUUGCAAAUUGUCUUAAUAGGUAGGCGCUGCCGACGCUUGCUUCUGCCGCUGCUGCUGCUGCGACUGUUGCCAAUAAAAACGGAUUGAUUGUAAUUGUUUUUUAAAACGAAAUUUAACGAUUCGUUAAAUAGCCGUGAUUUCAGCUAGACACGCGCGUCUCGUCUCCCUCCCAACCCACAUCGUUAUUACCGUUAAUAGUUAAUAUUGUGUGAAAAACGAUCGCGGUUUUUGGUUACUUCGUUCCGCAAGUGCAUUAAACAUACAUCAGCCAGCAAGUGAGAGUGAGCAGGAGUCGCUGACAGCAAGUGAGAGUGAGCAACAGUCGCUGCCAGCAAGUGAGAGUGAGCAGCAGUCGAAGCCAUCGAGUGGAUAAUAACUGUGAAAAGCGAAUCAAAGAGAGGAGCGGCAGAGAGAGAGGAAGAGAGAAGUCCAAUCGAGCAACGUGCAAACAGCCAGAAGCAGGCCAAGCCAAGCCACAACAUGUUGCCCAGGAUAACUUUGGUGUUUGUCAUUAUGUGUGGAUAUUUAUUAUUUACAGAUUGCCACGAAACGGUUCGAUCGAAGCGCGCGAAACGCCCACGCGCACCGGAACCGGUCAACUUUGAGCCGGAGCCGCAGCAGGAUCUGGAGAACGAUGAGAGCGGCAGCCAGGAGAAGGAUCUGCCGGAGAUACCGGAGAACUUUUUGAGUCCAUCGGUGCGGGAGUAUUUGGAGCUGGGCAAGUCCAUUCCGGGUCGUCCCGGUGUUGACUACCCCAUCCUGUCGGCGGUGCCGUACACAAAUUUCUACUGCGAUGAGCAGGAGUAUCCCGGAUUCUUUGCGGACAUGGAAACCAGAUGCCAGGGCUGGCAUUACUGCGACAUUGAUGGACGUCAGGCCACCUUCCUCUGCCCGAAUGGCACGCAGUUCUCGCAGGCGGUCUUCGUCUGCGAUUGGUGGUUCAAUGUGCGCUGCGAUCUGUCGCCCCGACUGUAUGCCAUCAAUGCGCGGCUCUAUCAGCGUCCCAAGGUGAAUCCCACGCGGCCACACCGCAUCAUAACCAAGCAGCUGGUCGAGGAUAUAUUCACUUAGGAUCAGCAUCAAGGGAAUGCCCUCCCUUCCACUUAGACUUAGACUUUUGCCGCUGCCUAUUAGAGUUUAGUUUAGUUAAUGCCUUAGACUAAGUUUGUCUCUUUUUGUUUGAUUUAGGCUCUGUUUUAGUUAGUUUUUGUGUCGCUUUUGUACAGUAUCCCCACUCUCAAGUUCUUUAUUUUGACAUCUCAUUUUUAUCCACAAAUGAAAGAAUUUUCAUUCCCUUAGGGGUAUCCUCUGU